GUGAAAAUAAUAAGGUGCGCCGUUUUACACCGUCGUAACUUACCUACCGCAAUACGAUGACACUUCCACGACAGCAGAUAUCGUUCGAAGUUUCUUCUAUUUCACUUGGCUGUACAUGAUGCUUCCAAUGAUGUCUACAGACUGUAUGCCCAUCAUUCAUCUUAUAUUAUUAGCACACAAGUUUAAGACUUUGUGUCUAUAUUUUGAGGGCUUGAGGACGAACUUGGACAAACAAAUAAUACUUGUGGGACGGAAUAAUGCGGAGGAUAUGUUAAGACGCAGUUUCAUAGAGGGAAUAAUAAUGCAUCAAAAAUUAAUUUUCUUAGCACAGGAGAUACAUCGUCUAUUUGGUAUCAUAAUGUCGCUGCAAGUUUGCGAAAGUUCUGCGGUUGCAGUUUUGCUUUUGCUUCGUUUAGCUCUUUCUCCGCACUUGGAUUUCACGAAUGCUUUCAUGACUUACUCAUUUGUUGGGUCCCUUUUCUUCCUCUUGGCUCUUAAUCUCUGGAAUGCUGGAGAACUGACUUACCAGGCUUCACUUCUUUCUAAUGCAAUGUUCUAUUGCGGCUGGCACUUACAAGAUGCGAGAAAAGAUACAAAUAACGACAUAAGAAAACUCGUCUUAAUAGGGUGUGCGCAAGCACAGAAGCCAUUAAUACUCAAAGCUUUUGGAGUGCAGGAUCUGUCAUACGCUACUUUCGUGUCGGUGGCGAGAAUGACUUAUUCUGUAUUCGCCGUAUUUUAUCAGCGACGCAGCUAACUGCAAACAAUUUCAAAUAUAUAAAAGCUUGCUACAAAUUUGUCAACCUUACAAUAUUAUUAACAUUUACUAUGUAGAAC